AUGCCGCUCCCGCCGCUUCCCCUCACCUUCGUGCUCGUCCUUCUCUCGUGCGCUCCGCCGUUUUUUUCGCCGCGAUUCGCGGCGGCGGAGGAUCUUUUCGGCGGCGAUACCGGCGUUCGCGAGCUCGACGCCGCCAGUCUCGCGAACGAAGUCCUCGCGCCGCUCCGCGCGCCGCCGCACUUAGCGCCGCUUCCCCCGCCGCUGCAGCCUCCGCUUCAUCUGCAGCAGCGGGAGGCAUUCGUGGUACGGCCGUCCCCGUUACAGUCAGAAAGGAAGGCGGAGGCGGAACAGGACGCGGAAGAGGGGGCGGAAGAGGAGGCGGAACUUUCAGGAGUACAGGGCGGGGGAAACGAGGGUGUCCGCCGGAGCGCAGCGGAGAGCGGAGAUGGGGCGGUGGGAGACGCGUGGCGGGCGGGGAUGCGGGGGAGCGGGGGGCGGAAGGCGGUGGGGGAUUGGAGGAGAAGCGGCGGAAAGCGCGGUAGGGUGCUUGCAGGGCGGGUAGAUGGAGGUGGGGGGGGAGAUGAGAGGCGUGCAGUGGGGGGUGGCGGGGGGGGUGUGAAAGACGCAGGGGGGAAAGAGGGGGUAGAGGAAGGGGGGGAGGAAAGGGGGGAGGAAGGUGGGGAGGCUGGGGAAGAGGAAACGCGGGAAGAAGGGGAGGAGGAAGAGGAGGGACAAGAGGGCGAGAAAGAAGAGGAGGACGAGGGGGAAGGGGAAGCUGUGGAAACUGGGGAAGGGGAAGGAGAGGAAAGGGACAAACACGAGACAAGCGAGGAGGAUCCGAGAUUUGAGAGGGAACGUCUGAGUCAACUCAAGAGGGACGUUCCCUCAGUAGUACCAAUGGCUGGCACUCUGGAGGCUUCUGAAUCGACUCAAAAGUCACUUAAGAGAGACGUUCCCUCAGUACCAAUGGCUGGUACUCUGGAUGCUUCUGUGGUGACUCGGAAGGGGAUUUUUGAGUCGACUCAAAAGUCGCCUCAUCACAAGAGGGACGUUCCCUCAGUUGUACCAGUGGCUGGUACCCUGGAGGCUUCUGAGGUGACUCGGAAGGUACUGACUCCAAGUGGGAAUACGAUGCACAGGCAGGAGACGGAUGGAGGAGGGAUGGAGGAAGGGGGAGCGAGGGAAUCUUUUCAGCUGGCUGCUGCAUUUGCGUCCAUCCAUAAAGGAUUCCUUACCACUCCCUCCUCUUUUUCCUCCUCUUUUUCCUCCUCCUCCUCCUCCUCCUCCUCCUCCUCCUCCUCCUCCUCCUCCUCCUCUUCCUCCUCCUCCUCCUCCUCCUCCUCCUCCUCCUCCUCCUCCUCCUCCUCCUCCUCCUCCUCCUCCUCCUCCUCCUCUCCCUCACUCCCACCACCCACUGCCACACCCCCUCCCCCAGUGCCUAUCUGGCUAGUGGCAUGGUACCAUCCCCUGUGCCACCACUGCAGGGCGCUCAGGCCGCACAUCAUAGCUGCAGCUGCUGCGGUCGCACACACGGGGGGGGUGCACGUCGGAGCAGUCAACUGCGAGAAGCACUACAUCCUGGCAGCGCAAUACGGCAUCGUCUCCUUCCCAACGCUCCACCUCUUCAGUCCCUCACACACGGACCCGCCUCUCCUCUACCACGGCUUCCGCUCCUCCCACUCCAUCACCGCAGCCCUCUCCGCGUUUGCCGCCUCCAACGGCACUCGCCUGCCCGUCACCCCCUCCUCGCUCCUCUUCCGCACAGCCCACGAGCUCCAGAUGAUGCGCGCACGCCCGUCCGCCAAGGCCCCGUUUCUCCUCUCGCUCCUCGCUCUCUCUGUUCUCUCCCUCCUGCUCUUGCUCUCCAAGGCCCCUGUGCCGCACUCGCCUCUCCCCUCCCCCGGCCCAGGCAGUAGCACGGGAGGAGCAGCUGAAUCCGGUGGUUUAUUCAGGAUGGUUUCGCUGCCCAGGUGGCUGCGGCGGGGCCAGGUGCUUUCUCAGGUGGGAGGGAGGAGACAUGGUGGAACAGUGGGAGGAGUGGGUGGAGGGGAGGGAGGGUUGGAGGGGAGAGCGGAGGCGGUGAUGGUGAGAGGUCAAGGUGCUGACCGGGUGGGAGGGCGAGAGAUUGUGGGAGGAGGAGAGAUUGUGGGGCGAGGAGCCCUCGCGGCGCGUCACCGAGCAGCUCCCACCGAGACAUUGCUGCAGAAGGCUGUCAAAGCGCGAGCUCUCGCCGACAAAGCCGCCGCAGCAGCCACAGAGGCCGAGGCGAUCGCGGAGCAGCGCAGACAAGACGAAGCCGCGGCGCUCGCCGACCUCAACGCCGCCAUAGCCGCCGCGGACGCCGCCUCCGCCGCGCUCACCGCCGCGAGAACCGGCGCGACGUCCGCGGCCGCGGCGAAGGGAAACGCGAAGAAAUCUCUCGACGCCGCGAAAAAGCAGCUCGACGAAAUGAAGAAAGCGCGCGAAGUGAAGUCGAAGAACGUUGACAAGAAAAAAGCUGACGUGAAAACCGCAGAGGCGAAGGUCAAAGCGGCGCAGCAGAAGCUAGACAAAGUCAACGCGGAGAAAACCAAGCAGGAGAAGAUCGCGGCGGACGCGAAAGCAGCGAGCGACGCGGCGGAGCAGGAGGCGAAGAAGAAGAAGGGCGACAAGGCGUUGGCGAACAAGGCGAAGAAAGCCGGCGACGACGCGAAGAAAGCCAAGGAGCAGGCCGACGCGCUCGCGAAGGAGGCGCUCGCGGCGGAGCAGGUGCUAGCGGCGGCGGAGGACGCGGCGGAGAAGGAGCAGGACGAGGCGAGCGCGGCGGAGAGCGCCAGCGCGCCGUCGGACGCGGAGCUGGAGAAGGAGGACGAGGUGGCGGAGGCGGCGGAAGACGCACAAGAGGCGGAGGCGGCACAGAAGGCGGCGGAGGUCAGCGCGAAGGACGCGGAGAAGGCGCUCAAGCGCGCGCUCGUGGCGGUGAAGCAGGCGCGCGCGGCGUGGAAGAACAAGAACGCGCUGCGACUGGCCGCGGAGAAGAAGGCGGCGCAGAAGGCGGCGAUCGCGGCUGCGUUCGACGCCAAGGCGGACGCGGCGGAACGCGCUGCUGGCAUUGUCGCCCCUCCCUCCGCGCCCGCAUCCCAACCUGCGCCUGGCUCGCACCCCGCGCCUGGCUCGCACCCCGCGCCUGGCUCUAAUCCCGCGCCUGGAUCUAAUCCCGCGCCUGGCUCUAAUCCCGCGCCUGGCUCGAAACCCGCGCCUGGCUCUAAUCCUGCGCCUGGCUCUAAUCCCGCACCUGGCUCUCAAGCCGCACCUGGCUCUCAAGCCGCACCUGGCUCAAACCCUGCACCUGGCUCGCACCCUGCACCUGGUUCGCAGCCCGCACCUGGUUCCACACCUGCUUAG